AUGUGUGUCUCCGACUGGUUCCGCCGUGCGGCCAUGCAGACCAACAGGCCCGACUACAAGAGCGAUUCCGCCGAGCAUGAGCAGCAUUUUAUCGUGGUGCCUGGAGAUAUACCUAUCGUGGCGAUCCGCGGCAAGGAGAUCAAGCACAUUGGAAGGAGCGAUGACCUGGGGGAACAACACGUCCCGCGACCUUGGCUCAUCCGUCUGGUCGCGUGGGUUCGUCGAUUUGCGCAUAACGCCAGACGUACAAAUCGAGAUUGCCGGAGAACUGGAGAAUUGUCGCACGUGGAGCUACGAGAAGCAUUGACGUUUUUGAUUCGGGUGGCCCAAACAGAAAGUUUUCCCGAAGAAGUAGCGGAUUGGACCAAGAAGAAGCCGAUUCAACCCUCGUCGAAGCUGAUUGCGCUCAACCCUCGGCUGGUAGACGGAGUAAUGCGCGUCGGCGGCCGGCUGACGAACGCACCAGUUCCUGAGAGUCGCAAGCACCUGAUCACCCUGCAUCAUCAACACCCAUUCACCAAGAUUGUGAUGUCGUACUACCAUUGGAUGCUGUAUCACGCCGGUCAGCAGCUGCUGAUCGCCGCAACGAUCCAUCGGUGCGUAGACUGCUUCAAGACCAAGCCACGUGUGCACGAGCAGCUUAUGGCUGACUUGCCGUCGGUACGCGUCUGUCCUGCAGCAGCUUUUCAGAACUUUUGCGGACCGUUCUACAUCCGAUACCCAAUUCGGCGCAGUAUACCGGUCAAGUGCUUUGUGGCAAUUUUUGUCUGUUUGGUCACGAAGGCGGUUCACAUGGAAGUAGUGGCAGAUUUAUCAACCCAGGCGUUCCUGGCCGCGUUCAAGCGGUUCGUGGCCACCCGAGGAAAACCACAGCUUGUCAUGUGUGACAACGCUACCAUCUUCUACGCAGAGGAAGAUGGUAUAGAAUUCAAGUUCAUACCGCCCCGCUCCCCCAACUUUGGUGGGUUGUGGGAGGUGGCAGUAAAAUCAUUCAAGGCACAUUUCCGCAAGACGAUAGGCAGCAGAACGUUGACGUACGACGAGUUGCACACCGUAGUCCAGCAAAUAGCAGCAAUUCUCAACUCGCGUCCGUUAACUCCGCUGAGUAUCGAUCCGGACGAUUUCGACGCUUUAACGCCCGGACACUUUUUGACUGGACGGCCGCUCGCUGCUGUUCCAGAGCCCGAUCUUCAAGAGAUCCCAGAGAAUCGUCUAGCGCUGUGGCAGAGAACUCAAGCGUUCGUACAGCAGAUUUGGAGAAAGUGGAAGCCUGAGUACUUGUCGAACCUGCAGAACAGAACCAGAUGGACGAAACAGCGAGAUAACAUCAAGAUCGGAACCAUGGUCCUACUCAAGGAGGACAAUCUGCCCCCGCUCAAGUGGAAGUUAGCACGCGUAGUAGCAGUCUACAAGGGCACUACCUUAGCUUGA